ACAAGUGAUGCUAGUAUGUCAUGUGGUAUAGGAUGAUACAUGUGUGUACAUUUAGAGUGAACUGAUUGAGGGACAGUCACUAAUUCCAAGACCUCACUGUUGUAGUGCUGAGUGAUCUCGAGAUGUCAUUCAUUGUUGAUUGGAUCACCUACAUGAUGGAAUAUCUAGGAUUAUGGAGCAAGCCGAAAACGGUUAUUCUUCUUGGAUUGGACAACUCUGGAAAGAGAGUUUCGUUUCAUAUUCUAACUUGUCCGGAUGCCAUGAUGAGCCAUGAUCCAGCUCCAAUGGAAGAAAUAAAAAUAGAUGGAGUGCGCAUAAGAUUGCUGUGUCAAGGAGGCUGCAAUAGAAGACCGAGACUUUUUUUGCAAGAUUACUGUGCUGUUGUGGAUGCAGCGGUAUUUAUGGUGGAUGCUGCAGACAAGGAGAGGCUGGAGGAAGCUAAGAAAGAGUUGCAUAAUAUACUUGCAGACACAAACUUCCCUGUCUUAGUGUUGGGUAACAAAAUUGAUCUACCUAGAGCAGUGUCUGAAGAAGAACUUAAUACUGCCCUCGGAAUACCUCUUGACCAGAAAUUGGAUAUAGAGACUGCAAAAGAAGUUGGACGGGUUAAAGUUUUUAUGUGCUCAGCAGUUAAAAGGAUAGGAUAUGGAGAAGGCUUCCGAUGGUUGAUGCAACAGAUGCAUGCAGUAAGCCAAUAACUGGUAACUAUUUAGUGCGUACUGAUUUUAACCUAACCCGUAGAAUUUUUUUAUCUGUCUUAUAUAGUAAUGUAUGUUCUGCGUAAAUAAGUUCAGGAGAGUUCAUG